ACAUCGACAACCUAAUGGAGGACGGGACCCGCCAGGACGCGGCCAUCCUGGGCUAUAAGGACUUGCCCUCCGUCUGGGCCGCCGUCCCCGGGAAAACCUUCAUUAACAUCACGCCUGCUGAGGCUGGUGUCCUGGUUGGCAAAGACAGGUCAAGUUUCUUCGUUAAUGGGCUAACGCUUGGCAGCCAGAAAUGUUCUAUGAUCCGGGACUCACUGCUGCAGGACGGGGAAUUUACCAUGGAUCUUCAUACCAAGAGCACGGGCGGAGCCCCCACCUUCAACAUCACUGUCGCCAUGACUGCCAAGAUGCUAGUCCUGCUGAUGGGCAAAGAAGGUGUCCACGGUGGUAUGGUCAACAAGAAAUGUUAUGAAAUGGCCUCCCACCUGCGGCGUUCCCCGUACUGACCUCGUCUGUCCCUUGCCCCCACCACUCCCCACUGCUUUUGCACCCCUCUCCUUCCCACACACACACACACACAC